AUGGCAUUUAAAGUGGAUAGUCCCAACGUGAGUUACACUGAAAAUUUUAUCAUCAGUGACUACAAGUAUGAAACAACCGAAAUACUCCAGGACAAUGGUACCAUGAGAGCUGUACCAGUCUCGACUCAGUUCAAGUUUCGUACUGAGUGCAAGAAACCCAGAGUUGGCUGCAUGUUGGUAGGAUGGGGCGGCAAUAAUGGCACAACUGUUACAGCAGCCGUCAUUGCCAAUAAACUCGGUCUGUCAUGGGAAACCAAAACUGGCAUGAAGCAUGCCAAUUAUUUUGGUUCUCUGACUCAAGCAUCAACAAUUUGUCUUGGAAGUGGACAACAUGGAGAUGUGUACAUUCCUUUCAAAGACAUUUUACCCAUGAUAGAACCAGAAGAUAUAGUGUUCGAUGGCUGGGACAUUUCCUCAUUGGAUUUAGCUGAAGCCAUGGAGAGAGCUUGCGUACUGGAUGUCCAGUUACAAAAACAACUGUACAAGCAUAUGGAAAAAUACAAGCCACGCCCAUCCAUCUACUUUCCAGACUUCAUUGCCGCUAACCAGGCUGAUCGUGCUGAUAAUGUUCUCAAAGGCAGUAAGCAGGAACAAAUGGAACAGAUACGAAAAGACAUCAGAGAUUUUAGAAAUGAAAAUCAGCUUGAUAAAGUGAUAGUUCUAUGGACUGCGAACACAGAACGCUUCUCUGAUGUCCGGUCCGGUCUCAACGACACUGCUGCAAACCUUCUAACUUCCAUCAAGGAAGGUGAAUCGGAAGUUUCACCAUCAACUGUAUUUGCUGUUGCUAGUAUCCUGGAAGGAUGUGCAUACAUUAAUGGAUCACCACAGAAUACACUGGUUCCUGGCGUCAUUGAACUGGCUGCCAAGCACAAAGUAUUCAUUGGUGGGGAUGAUUUCAAGUCUGGCCAGACAAAAAUCAAGUCAGUCUUGGUUGAUUUUCUUGUCAGUGCCGGUAUCAAGCCAGUUUCCAUCGUCAGUUACAAUCACCUUGGCAACAACGAUGGCAAGAAUUUGUCGGCACCCCAACAAUUCCGUUCGAAGGAGAUCUCCAAGAGCAACGUAGUUGAUGAUAUGGUCCAGUCUAAUUCUAUCUUGUAUGAGGAAAAUGAGAAACCAGAUCACUGCGUCGUCAUUAAAUACGUACCAUUCGUUGGUGACAGUAAGCGUGCUAUGGACGAAUAUACCUCAGAGAUUAUGAUGGGCGGCCACAAUACCAUCGUGAUGCACAAUACGUGCGAGGAUUCGCUUCUUGCUAGUCCAAUCAUAUUAGACUUGGUUAUCCUCUGCGAGAUGUGCCAGAGAAUCAAUUUCAAGACAGCUAACAGUGAUGACUGGGAAACUUUCCACCCAGUGUUGUCCAUCCUCAGCUACCUCUGUAAAGCCCCGCUUGUUCCCUCGGGUACACCAGUGGUCAAUGCACUCUUCAAACAACGUGCCUGUUUGGAAAACAUCUUCCGAGCCUGCAUCGGACUACCGCCAAUCAACCACAUGACUCUGGAACACAAAGUCAGCACACCACUGCCAAAGAUCGCUGAAACUAAAAAGGUUGAGAUCACCGAAAAGACUAAACCGGUUAUUUUCAAGACGAUGAAGCAGGCUUCAGCUGUGCCAUGUGAAGAAUAAGACAAAUUCUGAAAUAAAGACUAUGCAAGGAUUUAGAAAACUGGUUAAUUAUAGAGUGGGUUUUGUAUAUAACCACUGUCUUAUACACAAUUUAAAUUCGCAGAUCUCAUUCUGUGAAAUAUGGAUACAUUAUAUAAAUCUAAUAUGUGUCACUGAGUUUCCAUGUCUAGGGUUCAUUGAACAUUUUUUUUUAAUUUUUCUACACCUAUUAUCAAUAUUAUUUUAAUGUAUUAUUUAUCAUAAGUUUCAAGCAAUAUUGUCACAAAAAAGAUCCCCUAACUUACAGAAUGUUGAAAAACUUUAAUAACAUUAGACAGACCAGACUGCAGACGCCUUUGACUUCAUAAUAAACAGAGACCCCCUUGCUAAAUAUUGCAUUUACCCGAUACAUCCUUAAAUUCAUCUAUCCUCAAUUCUAAUUACAUUUUAAAUACUGAAAUGCCAAAGACCUGUAAAUAUAACUAAAGUUUUUCAACAAUUAUGAUUACUGUGAAAGAAAUGGUUUUAAUGUACCUUAUUUAUCUGAUUUAAAAAAACAAGAACAUUUCUGAAGUAGAAGCACACAAGCCAAAAAUUGCAUUUAUUGUAUGCAAAAUCAUUGAAAUGUGAAUGUAGACUCAUCUCAGUCAUUUACAUAAAGAUAUGUUUCUAGCAGUAAAAAAUAUGAGAUACAUUCUAGUAAUUAACCAUGCAAUUCAUUGCUUCAUUGAUAAAAAUUUGAGUUCAAAAUAAGAUUAACAUCAAAUAUAAUUAUGUAAUUGGGUCUAAAAUUAGUUCAGAACUUCAAAAAAUAUUUUGCUUCAAUAUUUAGAAAAGAAAUACCAGUCAUGUUAAAGUGUACAUCAUGAAUAUAGGUAACAAUGAUUUAUUGCAAUUUAAUUUGGAAUGUCUGCACUCGACAACUAUAUUUUGACAGAUUAUUUCUGCGUUUAUGUGAUCAACUGCAUUUUUUUAACAAGGAAAUCAGCACCCAUGUCUUAAAGAUGACAAAUUAUAAGAGGAUUUAUCACAUACAUGUAUCAGCUUUUUAUAUCAGUAUUGUAAAUAAAAGAGCUCACCAAUAUUAAAUGUUUUUAGAAAUAUAAUGUUACAUAUUGCAAACGUUGGGCUCACUGUAAUGACAACUUGGUUGGGUACUACCAGUAAUAUUUUGCUGUAAAAUCAUAAUCAAUAAAUCAAUAAUUUAUAUUAUAAACAAAAAAAA